AUGAAUGCCAGGAAACCAAAAGACCCAAAGGCCUCAAAAGAAAGAGUGACAGGUGCUAAAAAAGUCACCUUCAAUGCAGCAGGAAGAGAAGAAAGGGCCGUCUCUAAAUCUAAGCCAUCCCCAGGUGCUCCUGCUGCUGGCGGUUACUCACCUUCCAAGCUUCAGAUGGGCAUAGAAACCACAAGAGCUUCAGAAGCCACAACUUCUAAACCAGCCUCUAUCAGCCUGAGGGGCCUUCUAGCCGCCCAGCGACUCACUAAGGAAUUUAAGAACCGAGCCACUAUGAAAAACAAGUCAAGACUCCAGAUCUCUUGUCACAAGCCCAUCACCAUCAUCAAUGAGAAGAUUCCAGUCUCGUCUGCAAUACCGAAAGAGAAAUUCUCUUGUGGCAGAGCAGAAGAGCUGCUAAGAGAAUAUUUACCAACCAAACUCGCCAACGUUACUUAUGAGCCUGCAAAAUGUGCCAGCCUCACUAUUGCUUUAAGUGAAGAAAUAAAACACUUGGUCAAGCAAGUCACUCCUCCUCGGUAUAAGUUAGUUGUCAACGUCACCAUUGGAAACAAAAGCAAAGAUGAGACUGUGGAUAUAGUGGUGACUAGCCAGUGUCUGUGGGACCCUCAUUCAGAUAACUUCACAUCCUCCCAGUACGUGAAUGAGACACUUUUUUGUGUUGUUUUGGUACAUGCUGUUUAUUUCGAGUAA